CCUCCGGCGCAAUCCUCCCCUCGUCCGUCGGCAGCGCGUCGCUGGCUUGCGCGUGAUGCGAUUCAGUUCCGCUGGCGCACCGUUACGGGAGGUGAGGUGAUCCGCCGUCACCGUCGCGCGAGCGCCCGUCCGGCCGUCAGAGUGCCGCCGCCGCCGCCGCGAAUCGGGCCGAAGUGUCGAGAGAGCGAGCGAGAGAGCAAACGAGAGAAAGAGAAAGGAAGAUAGAUAGAAAGAAGAAAGAGCGCGUACGAUACGCACGUACUACGCGUCGCGCGCUAGAAAAGUUCCCGGGCGCCGGACUUCUGCGAGUCGCGCAAGUAAUGAGUGAGUGAGUUGACUAACAAGAGCCAGGGAUCAAGCGACCCAUCGCCGCCGCCGACGACGACUACACCCGCGCGACGACGCAUCAUCAUGGGCCUGUGAGGGCGGCGUUGAAGGAACGGGCCCCAAGGGGAGGAUCGCCGAACCGGGCGAGGACGACGGGCAGGAAGAGUCGGUUGGAGGAAGGGUAAGCGGGGGAGGCCGCUACCUGUCGCGGGGAACCAAGCCGAGAAGCGCAACUUGCCGACGCAAGUCUCGCAGGCAAGCAGGCACGACCAACCAACCAACCGACCGGCUGUCACGACCGCCAUGUUAUCCCGGAGCAGCAGCGGUGUUACGUCGUGCAUGCCGUCGUUGGCGCCGCUGCUCUGCUUCCUCGUGCUCGGCGCCGCCGGCCUCGACGAAUCCGGAGUAGAUAAAUCGACGGCGACGGAACCGAAAGCCGAGCGGACGCCGUUGCUGCAGUUCAAAUCGUCGCAGAAUGUCGACGGCAUAGAAGCGGACAGCACGCCGUCGCUGGAGUGUUGGCUCAACGUGCCGGGUCAGGUCUGGUGGAGCACCGGCGACAGAAACCUCACCACCGUCAACGCGAAUUCCAGCGGACGACUCGACAUCAAGAAGGCCAGCAGGAAUGACACGGGCGACUACAAGUGCAUGGCGCAGACCGCCGACGGCAAAUUGCUCGAGAAGAAUAUCCAUAUCAGAGUGAUAGAACCCGGCAAGAUAGUAUCCGGCGGCGACGUGAGAGCGAAUGUGACAGACUCGGCCAACCUGACGUGUCAUAUAUACGGUUAUCCAUUAUCUCAAUUUAGUUGGUUGAAAGAGAACGAUUCGGAGAGCAGCGAGCACUUGAGGAAUCUGACUGACGUCACGCCGAUAAACGACACUUACAGCAUCCUGUACCUGAAAUUCAAGAAUCUGGCCAAGUCGGGCAAGGAUAACGGCACGUAUGUGUGCCAGGCGAGUGACUACAACGGCGUGGUGAGCACCACCGUACACCUGUUCGUCAAUGACGUGCCAAAAGUUAGUAUAGACUUCAUGAAGGCGGUCGGCGCGGGUAGUAUAUAUCUAAAUUGGACCGUAAACGACGGCAACAAGCCUAUCGAGAAGUACUUCGUCUAUCAUAUGAAGAACGGCACGGACGGCUAUGUCUACUACAGGGAGCAGAUCGGCGGCGGUAACUCGAGUUAUAUCCUGAAAGGAUUCGAAAACGGCACCGCGUACAAGAUCGGCAUCACGGCUGUCAAUGGAUUGGGCUCGUCGCAUAUGCAGCAAGAUCCGCGGUGGAUCACUACGCUUGAGAAAGAUCCAGUCUUUGUGCCGAAGGUGUCUGUAAACGGUGUGACGCAGGACUCGAUCACGAUACGUUGGACCGUACCGCCAUUGGAUUUGAAGGAACACGUGCAGUAUUACAAUCUGAUGGCCACCCAUGCCGAUCAGAAGAGAGAAGCGGUGUAUCAUGCCGAGCCGAUCACUGUGUACGCCUUCAUAGGCCUCGAACCGGCGACCACUUAUAAGUUCAAGAUAGCCGCUUGUAGCGAGUACACGAAGCAGUGCGGCAAUUGGAGCGCCGAGGUGAACGGCACCACUCUGGACGGAAUGGCCAGUCCUCCGAAGAAUCUCACCGUUUAUUGUAGCUUCGACAACAUAAGCAGGACCAGUUACAUCUUUAUCACAUGGGAUCAUCCGGAGAAGCCAAAUGGUGUCAUACAGCGAUACAGUAUACAAGGGAACGGCACAGCUACGUUCAGAGAUGAAACGGGACGUCUGAACAACACUAGCUUUGAUCUGCCGAGUUGGAGCGUGUACAAGAAGAGCAACGCGCGAUAUGGUCACGCACUUCCCAAUACAAAUUACACGGUUCGUGUGCACGGAGUAACCAGGUCCCGCACUAACGGUAUGGACGCCGUAGGAAACUGUACAACGCCAGUAGCCGUCCCGGAUCGGGAGAAUAUGAACAUGCGUACUUGGCGCAAGAUCGAGAGCCAGGGCAGGCAAUUGUUCAAGCUCUAUCUGCCGCGCAUCAGCGAGCGAAACGGCCCGAUCUGCUGCUAUCGUGUGUACCUGGUAAAAUUGCCACCGCAGAAAUCGGUCAGCGACCUGCCGUCUCCGGAGGAGACCGUUGUCUACUCUUACCAAUACGCGCACAGCUCACCGAUCGGCGGCGCCUACAUCGCGGAAACGUUCGACAACGACCAGCUGUCGUCCGAGAUCUUCCUCGGCGACGGUGAGUCAUCCCAUGGCGGUGCGAUGUGCGAUAAGUGUUUCGGGUUGCGUCCGAAGCCGGCGCCGCCGGUAUUACACCUCGUUCCCGAAGUUCAGACGACCACCUCGACGAACAACGGAAGCAGCACCACCGUCCUCACAUCGACCAUGACACCGACGACGGCUGUGAGCAGCAUCAGCAGUAGUAGCAGCACGACCACCAGCACGUCCACUGUAUCAACCACCAGCACUGUUACCACCACCACCACCACCACUACAACCACUGUUACAAAAGUAGACACAACUACAGCCGUACCGUUGGUGAGAGAAGAUUUCACCGAAAAGGUGGAAAGACGGAAAAGAGAGGACUCGCCUGUGCAGAGAGCGUCGGUAGACGGGUCCGCGGAACCCAACGUGUUUUUGUCUCACGACGGAUUCUUCGACGAGACAUCGAAUUACACCGGUUUCAUCGAAGUUAUCGUGUUCAGUAGUCAGAAAGAUCAGUUCCUAGCGGCUUAUAGCAAUUACUUCCAUCCUCUCUACGGUGGGGUAGAUCCCCUCAGCAUCGCGGCCGUAGAAGUGACCACUUUAGGCGUGAUACUGCAGCUCUCCAUCGCUCUGAUAUUAUUCAUUAUUGUUCUGCUUAUCGCGCUGUGCAUAUUGCACAGAUACACAAAACGUGCGCAAGAAAGGGAGGAGAUCAUAACGCUACGCAAUAGCUUCAGGAGUCUAAGAGGAAGACAUCAGCUCGUGGCGGCAAGUCCACCAGACAUGCCACCUAUACCCAAGGGCGAGCUCCUCCAGGCAUACCUAGAACGCCACAGAGACUCGGAUUACGGUUUCCAGCACGAAUUCGAACUGCUGCCGGAUCGUUUCACGGACAGGACAACGCGCGCGUCCGAGGCGCAGGAGAAUCUUUAUAAGAAUCGUUACCCGGACAUCAAGUGUUACGAUCAAACGAGAGUGCGGCUAGCGCAGAUGGACGGUAUCUGCGGCUCCGAUUACAUCAACGCCAACUUCGUGCUAGGUUACAAAGAGCGCAAGAAGUUCAUUUGCGCCCAAGGCCCGAUGGAGAACACUGUGUGCGACUAUUGGCGUAUGAUCUGGGAGCAGCAUUUGGAACUGAUACUCAUGCUGACGAAUCUCGAGGAGUACUCGAAGACCAAGUGCGCCAAGUACUGGCCAGACAAGCGCGAGACCAAGAACUUCGGCGACAUCACCGUGGAGCACGUGAAGGAGCGCGCUUACUCGGACUACGUGGUGCGCGAACUGAAGAUGACGCGACUGGGCGAGCGCGACGCGCGCACGAUCGUGCAGUACCACUUCCUCGUGUGGAAAGAUUUCGUCGCGCCCGAGCACCCGCACGCGAUCCUGCGCUUCAUCAAGCGCGUCAACGAGGCGUACUCGCUGGAGAAGGGCCCGAUUCUCGUGCACUGCAGCGCCGGCGUCGGUCGAACCGGCACGUUAGUGGCGUUGGACUCCUUGCUGCAGCAGCUCGCUGAGGAAGGCCAAGUAUCCAUCUUCAACACCGUGUGCGAUCUGCGGCAUCAGCGCAACUUCCUCGUGCAAUCGCUUAAGCAGUACAUCUUCAUUUAUCGUGCGCUCAUGGAGAUGGCGCAGUACGGCGACACGGAGAUCCCGGCUUCGCAGCUCAAGGGUACAGUUGCCAAGCUCAGGCAGAGGGACAAUGGCAAGGAGAAGUGUAGGAUGGAGGAAGAGUAUGACAAAAUCAGUUCCGUGCUGGAGGACCGAAAAUCCUUCUCUGUCGGCGGCGGGGAGGAAAACAGGACGAAGAACAGAAGCGAAUUAGUGAUACCUUACGAUAGAAAUCGCGUGAUACUCACCCCAGUUCCGGGCAGGGAACACUCGACAUACAUAAACGCAUCGUUCAUCGAGGGCUACGACAAUUCCGAGUCAUUCGUCAUCACACAAGAUCCGCUGGAAACUACUAUAACGGAUUUCUGGCGGAUGAUCUCGGAACAAUGCAUCUCUACAAUAGUUAUGUUAUCUGACUUAAACGAAGGCCCGCGAAAGUGCCCGCGCUACUGGCCCGAUGACGAGACAGAUUACGAUCACAUAAGGGUCCGCUACAUCCACAGCGAGAGCUGUCCGUAUUACACACGUCGCGAGUUUUGCAUUUUGAACACAAAGACUGACGAGAGCGGAGUGGUGAAGCAAUACCAGUACCACGGCUGGCCGACGGUGGAGGGCGAAGUACCUGAAGUAACACGCGGUCUCAUCGAGCUCGUGGACCAAACACUCACGAACGAUGCCGAGACGAGCGGCUCGUUAGUCGUGCACUGCAGCUACGGAUCAGACCGGAGUUCCAUGUUCGUGGCACUAAGCAUACUGGUUCAGCAGCUACGUACCGAAAAGCGAGUGGACAUCUUCACGACAACGAAGAAAUUACGCUCUCAGAGACACGGCAUGAUCAGCACCUUUGCGCAGUAUGAGUUCCUUCACCGCGCCAUCGUGAAUUACUCGGAUCUGCACAACCUGGCCGACGACGAACCGGUGUCAUAAUGCCUGAGAACGCGAGGCUAGAUCGCACGAAAUACUCUGUUUGGCCGGACAUGUGCGUAAGGACGUUCCGCGACGAGUGUCCGAGAGUCCACGGACGAGUUCGAACGAGUUCGUACAUACGUUCGAACCAACCAAAGAUGAACGAGCACGUCAUCGAUGAACGAUCAUCGCCACAUCACCCUCAUCUCACCGUCAUCGUCAUUAUCGUCAUCGUCGUCAUCACCGUCAUCCUCGUCAUUAAGACAUAAACGGACUGCUGGCGCACACGCGGCGCGCGAAGGUUCGCCGUGUCGUCAUCUGGAGACUACUUGUACAUAAUAUAAUCCGCAAAUUUUACAUGUGCUGACCAUAAGCAGACUACUAGAGGGAGUUAAUAAACGCGCGUAAUCGUCGACGAGUCGCUAUUCCGUGAGGACUGUGGCGCGUUGGACGGGAAUCGGAAGUCGACAAGUGGUCUACAUUCAUUAUUACGUUAUAGAUUCCUGACGGGCAAGACUCGCGCGAACACGUCGCGAGGCUGUUACAGAAGCUUAUUUUUUAUCGAUAGUCUAAUGAUCCAGCGGAGCGUAACGUGUCCCAGUGCGCGUCGAAGUUUCGCAAUCGAGAUCCGGGAUGACGAGAGAGACGCUCUCGGAGCAGGGGCCGACAGGAUAGAGAUGUCAGGACUCUCUCUUUCUUUCUCUCUUUCUCGGUAUUGCUGUGCAGCGCUAUGGACUGUCGCAGUUGCGAGGGGAUGGGAAUGUAUUUGUAUAAAUAUGACCACGCACAUAUAUACGUUCUUCUGAUAAGUAUAUCGCGCUGGUCGGAGUAGUUCUUCGAAUUGUUUCGCUCACGAAGCUCCGGGCGAAGCGAUCAGGUGACUCUCGAACGCUACGACUACUCGCACAAUUCGAAAGCAAAUUACACAAGACUACUCCGAGAUUUCCGUUGACAGACGCGCGUUUUUGGCACUCGUUACGGAGCUUCUCACGAAACAAAGCUGAGCGAAAAUCGCGAUGAUCUUCGUUCGCUCCGAGAUGCUCCGAGAAGGGACGGACGUUUGCCUGUAACUUGCGCGGAACCUUGCUAUUUUAUAAUCCGCCGUAAUCGGCGAUAUCAAUUGACUGUACGCGCGUAUCGCGGUAUUUAUAUGUUCUUGGAUAAUAUAUGCGUUACUGUAUUACAACACGAUCUGCGCGUAUCCCGCGCGCGCUGAUUUCUCUUCUAAAUAAAGACUGAUAGUCUUAUUCCCUCAGUUUGGCACACGCGAUUACGCGCACCUACUUCGAUCGCACAAUACUGAGGUCGCCAUGAAUCAUAAUAAUAUCGUGGCUAGAGAGGCGGGAGAGCGAGAGAGUGGUCAUCUUCUUUUUUUACUUUUCAUACAUAGAAAAAUUGUAGGUAUCGAUGUAUGUAUGCGUACGUGAUAUGUGUAUACGCGAUGUGUGAUCUUUCCGCGCCUGACGAAGCCUGUGCUGACGCGACUUCUUGAACGCACCUCGACUUUGCCAACACAGAAAUCAGAGUCGUGGAUUCUGCAACGCUCUGUAGAGUCGCGCAGCUAAGGAUGGAAUCAAUUAUUUAUUCUAAUAUAGUUUGAUUAAUUAAUUAGGAAAUUAAAGAUGAAAAUAUAUAUGCUUUCAUGAAAUAUAUGCAUAACAAUCUAUUAUAAAAUAUUUGUAAAUUUUAUAUGGGUAUGUAUUAUAUUAUGUGUACAUAUAUAUUGAUACUAGAUUGAUUCUUUUAAACAAAACUAUGCAAAAUACUGCGAAAUAUUUUAUUAACUUUUAAUUACAUUUUAUAUGAUUGUGUUAUAUUUAAUCUUGAUUGUAGUAAGUUUUUGACAAGUAUACAUGACUUAUAAGUAAUUGAUUUCAUGGAAUUAUAUUUAGCUACUGUAUUGGGGGGGAGGAAGGAUUGCGACAUACGAAAAUAUAUCGAAGUUGAUUCCAUCCUUACGCACACAGCCCAGUUAUGCGCCCUAAACAUUAUUGUAUCAUCGGAUCUUUCUUCCUCUAUCACUGACAUCGCUUAAAAAAUGUUAUGUUGCGACGUAGCGCUUAAAAAAAAAAAAAAACGAUAAACGAACGGAAAUCGCUCGCACGAGUCUGACUUAAUUCGUAAUGAGUGGCGUCGAGUUGAAAGGCCCGCAUUCGCAUUCCGCUUUUAGCGAAUCUACGGUUUAUUUGUCUAAUAUGAAUAUUUAGUGUUAACGGAAGUCGUAUAACACGUGACAAGCACGUUUGGUGCGAGAUACGAUCUGUGAGCAAUGGCCAAAAAGACGGGGUUGGGCGGAAAAUAUCGUAAAAAUGUUAUUUCAUAUAUAAAAAACAAAUUCCGGCAGACCUGCUUGCGGACAUGUGAAUAAUAAAAUUUCACAAUGGGAAGGAAAGACAAAUGUGUGUGAUUUACGAUGUGUUAUACUUAAUUUACAUCCUUGAGAAUCUAUUCCAAAAAUACUUAGUACUACAUUUUAUUAAGUACUACAUUUUAUUAACUUGGUGAAGUAUUUUACAUGUAAUUUAAGACAAGUGAAAUAAUCAUUGGAUAUUUCUAAUAAUCAGCAUAUAUAGUUGAAACGCCGCCCGACCCUGUGAGGAAGAGACGACGACGGGAAAAUUGGCGACGUCGAUAUAAACAAGAAAAAGAAAAAAGAUACACGAACUUGUGUAGUUUAAGUGGCAAAAGAAGAAAGGAAUAGAAUUGUGCGUCUAAUUUCUUCGCACGCUCGUUCAGUUCUAGUCAAGUUUAAGCUCCAGCACGUGCGCUGCCAAGCCAUAGUGUUCGCAGGCAGGAGACAAUCAUGUUAAUUACGAUUCGCAACGUGUCGCCCGAUCAUUUUCUUCCCCUUUUUUCUUCUUCGCAUCAGGUAUCAGUCUCAUUUUAUUUUUUCUCCUCUUUCUUUUUUUUCUUUUUUUUUUACUAGAGGCCCUUCGAUUGGAGACACUGAAAGAGCGCCUCCUUGAUUUCGCGUUUAAGAAUUAUUAUUACUCAAAUAAUCGGAAAAAGUUACAAAAAAGAAUUCUAUAUCCGAAAAAAAUUACAAUUUUCCGCGAAGUUUUGUACAAAGUGAAGAAACCAGAGGAGCUUUGUUCUCAUGAUAAUUGUAGUGGACAAUCAUAUAAAAGUUGAAAUGCAAAGAAACUACGUACUCAUGUGUGCUUGCUUUUUCGCUUUUUAAAAUUUAGGGAGACUUGUGAGAUCUACGUGAGAUCUUCUGAGAGGCACUUGAGAAGAAUGAAAUCUCACUCUCGACGGUUCUGAUCAUCCGAGAUACCGCCUCAUUUUGUGACUCACAUUGAAGGGCCACCGAUCUUAAUUAACGUUAAACGCGCGCCCCAUAUUGGAUGAAUGUGUCCCGCCUUAUGACGCGAGAAAUGGAUAUAUUAGUUUUUAGUCGUUACCGCAUAACAAACUCGCUUCGGUUACGUUGUAGUUAAUAGAAUCUCUAAGAAAUAGAUAGAUACUCGCCGCAGCUGUAUUUAUAAAUAUAUUAUAUGCAGGGUGUUAAGAGAAAAGUAUUCAAGACUUGUAGAAUAGAAAAUACUCAGUAAACAUGAGCCGAAAAAUCAACCCUUGUAAAGUCAGAAGCAAUUUUGAUGAUAUACACGAUUAGUUUACUUAAUCGUUACACGUUUGCGCUGUGAAAACAGAAGAUUAUCUCAUGACAUCUUAUUACCGUGUUUGCGAAAGAUAAAUAAUUUUACAUCUCCAUUUUUACACGCAUUUCCCAAGAUUGUAUUAUCAUUUUACUUCAAUAUUAAGCAGUUGUCUUUGUAGUUAAGAACUGAUUUUUUACUCAGUUUAGUAAGUACUGUCUAUCCUACAAGUUUUGAACCCUUUUUCUUAACACUCUACAUGUACAUAUAGAUAUAUAUAUAAUAUAUAUAUUGUUAUUAUCGCGCGCCUAUAUCGCUGUUGCUAUUUGUAUCGAUAAAUGGUGUGACAAUACUUGUUUCGUGCCGAUAUCCCGUUGUUAUACACAUGUACGUUCUCCGCAGGGUCAUCCGACAUUUCGUUUUUACCGAUCAGUUAAUCAGUUGACACCUGAUUGUACGAUUAUUCUGUGCUUCUUCGAUUAGUUUUUUACACGAGCACAAUGAAUAAGAAUGAAGCGAAUAAUCCUUGGGGCGAGAGACAGCGAAGGCAUUCGUUUUGCGUUGCAGACUGCGAGACAGUGCUUUCCUUUUUUUUUUAUUCGCACGCAUCCGCAGAAUUUGAUACGAUCUCUUUUACAAUCAUCUUGGCGCAGGAGCGGACGGUUUUUAAUGACUUUAUAUUUUUACUAUGAAUAAUUGCUAGCGAAUAAUAAUAUAUACUUGAUAACGUAA